AUGGCCUGUGUCAACUCGGUGCCUAAACUCUACAGCUCUGUUAUUGAAGAUGUGAUUGAAGGAGUGCGGGAUCUGUUUGCUGAAGAAGGUAUAGAGGAACAAGUCUUAAAAGACUUGAAGCAGCUCUGGGAAACAAAGGUUUUGCAGUCUAAAGCAACAGAAGACUUCUUCAGAAACAGCAUCCAUUCACCUCUGUUCACCCUUCAGUUGCCACACAGCUUGCACCAAACGUUGCAAUCAUCAACAGCAUCGUUAGUUAUUCCUGCUGGAAGAACUCUUCCCAGUUUUACCACAGCAGAACUGAGCACCUCAAACUCCAGUGCAAACUUUGCUUUUCCUGGUUAUCCUAUUCAUGUACCAGCAGGUGUGACAUUACAGACUGCAUCUGGUCACCUUUAUAAAGUCAAUGUACCAAUUAUGGUGACACAGACUUCUGGAAGAGCAAGUAUCCUUCAGCAUCCAAUUCAGCAAGUGUUUCAGCAGCUUGGGCAGCCUUCAGUAAUACAAACCAGUGUUCCACGAUUGAACCCAUGUUCUCCUCAGGCAUCUAUUGAAAAAUCACAGGGAAUGGAAACUGUGUUCCAACCAUCCACAGUUCUUCAUUCUGGGACAGUGGGUAGGAAGCAUUUAGAAAAUGCCACCGGUGAUACAUUUGUGCCUCCUGGAAAUAAGCAUAAAAUCAUGUCUGAAGCUUUGCUGAGUCAGCCAGAGAGCUCUCAGUAUAUCAGCCUUCCAGGUGUUGUAUUUCCUCCACAGGUCUCUCAAAGAGAUGCUAACAUGGAGCCUUUGCUCCGUGUUUCAGCUAGCACAACUCAAAAGCUACAUGGUGGACCUAUCUCCACGGGCCCUCGCGGGGCUCAGCACCAGCACGAGUCUGAUGUUCAACUUCGUUUUCUUCAAAAUAGGGUGUUUGGAUGUGAUUAUGUAAAGCAGCCAAGAAAUACACAGGAGCCCAGCCGACUACCUGUCUCAGAGAAGGAUUAUAAUUCUGAGACAGGUUUAAGCAUUCAAAUAACCGAUGAUGAUAUUAAUGAAAUAAUUCAAAUAGAUGGAACUGGUGAUACAUCUUCCAAUGAUGAAAUAGGAAGUACAAGGGAUGUAGAUGAGAAUGAAUUUUUAGGACUUAUUGAUGGAGGAGACCUGAAAGUACUUGAAGGAGAAGCCGACAAUAUAUCAAAUGGAAAUUCAACUGUUAACAGCAGUGAUAAUGAAGGCCCUCAAAUAGACAUUGUGGAAGAGGACCCUUUAAAUUCUGGAGAUGAUGUUAGUGAGCAGGAUGUACCAGACCUAUUUGACACGGAUAAUGUGAUUGUGUGUCAAUAUGACAAGAUUCAUCGAAGCAAGAACAAAUGGAAAUUCUAUUUGAAAGAUGGUGUUAUGUGUUUUGGAGGGAGAGACUAUGUAUUUGCAAAAGCCAUUGGUGAUGCAGAGUGGUAAAACUAAUGAGCUCAAUACAUCAUAAACAUCA